AUGAGUGUCGAGAAAGCUGUCACCCAGAACUACAGCUCUUCACGUCCGUGCUCGUUGAACACGCGUCCAUUUACCAUUUUAGGCGACAAGUUGAGUAAUGAUCGACGCGAUUUAGAGAAAAACAGCGAUGCGUUAGGUGAAAAAAGCACACAAGUCAACGAUUCACCUUCACUUUGUGCCUCGGAUCCCAUUGUACUACCCAUCGACAUCACUCGCGGGGACAAUGAGUUUAUUGAAGGAGGAUGGCAAGGCUGGCUGGUAGUCAUCGGGUGCUUUUUAAUCGGGGCACCAACCGUUGGCUGGAACCUUAUUUGGGGAGUGUUUCAGGCAUACCAUUCGGCCCAUUUGCUUCGAGAAACUCCCGAUGCCACUCUUAGCUUGAUUGGGGCAUCACAGAAUGCGGGUGUAUUACAAGGAGCGGGGUGUGGCUUGACUUUGCCUAUGGUCUUUGCAUUACCAUCGCAAUGGUUCAAACAAUACCGUGGUCUAGCAACAGGCAUAGUCAUUGCUGGUGCAGCUCUCGGCGGCGCGGUCUCCUCUCUGGUUAUUCAGGCAAUGCUUUUACGAAUGUCAUUACAAAUGACGCUCCUUAUCUAUGCGUUCGCUCAAGGAGGGAUCAUGUUUGUAGGAUGCUUUCUUGUCAAAGUGCGCCCCUUAGCGUCGCAUAUAACAGGACCUAUCCAUAAAAGAAUCAAAUGGGUUGAUACCGUGUACUUCAAGGACCCAGUAUUUUGGAGUUGCUGGUUCGCAUUGGCCCUCUUUGUUCUUGAUGAACUUUUCAAGCGCGGUCGGGCGUACAACGUUGGAUUAUUAGCAGACCAAAUCGGCUUUGUCAACGCCUUGAUCUUAACAGCAACGAUCAGCGCAUUUAGCCAAGCGGUUCUCUGGAACGUCACUACUUAUACUUACGUGGGAGUGAUUACAUUUUCCAUCAUUUUUGGCUUGACGGGGCCUUGUUACGUGAGCCUUACACCGCCCAUUGCCACUACGUUAUAUGGCAUGCAAAGUCUUGCAUCCCUUACUGGAUUACUCAACAUUGCUAGCCUUCCAGGCGCAUUUAGCGGCCCACCAAUAGGUGGAUACAUCCUAAAGGCAUCGGGGAGAAACUGGCACGCUCUCGCUGGCUAUAGUGGGGCUGUGCAAUUCGCAGGUGUGUUAUGUAUCUUGUAUGCUCGAUUCAAGCGGGAACCAAAGAUUCUUGCAUGUCUAUGA